GAAAAGCUGGUUUUGCACAUUAUAACAAUAUUUCCUAUUUGAGUGUAACACUGAGUUUAGACCGUGUUUCACUUCUUCCAUUCACUUCUCUAGCUGCUGAGACUGUUGAUUGUGACGAUUGUAUAUUCCAUGCAAAGGUUCGUUCGUGGAAGCUAUAUCUCGCACUCAAAUGUGGUUUCGUGGUUCCAUACAUCUCAUGAUCAUAUAUUUUUGUAAUCAAUUUGCUUGCCUUCAGCUUACUCAGACAACUUGACAGUCAUGGGUCUUCUCUACACACCAACAAUAAAACGGAAUCAAGCUGGGCGCAUGUUAUAAAUGACUGGGCUUGUUGUUAGAGAAGGCGUCUUCACCCGCUCCUAUCCCGCAGUUCCGAGAGACUAGUCUCAAAUUAUCAUUAUCGAUCUCACAGGCCUGGAACGACUGUCGACGACGGCCUGAUCGGUCAAGGGAGGCAGAGUUCAGGAGAGGGAUCCGGAGAAAAGGCACGGCACCACUUGUAAAAAGCCAGCUGACUCUUACCCAGCGAGGCACAGACCGAACCCGACCUCCGCACGGCGUCAGACAUGACCUCCAUGUUUGGGCGGAGUCGCUGGUGCCAGCCCUAGCUUUCUGCGCUUGUUUUGGAGAAUUUUUCCAGGAACCGUCGACAAUAGAAGUAGGAGAGGUGACUCUUGAUACAACAGUCCGCCCAACUUUCGAAGUGUUUGAUUUUUUUUCUCCCUGUCCACGCAGUUUUUUAAGCUGCAGCUAUGCCUUGUGAGGAGGUUCUUGGCAUCAUGAUGGUCGUUGUUGUUGCCGUCGCCACGCCAUGGUGUCCGCGCUGGUACUGGGGGCUGUGUGUGGCUUCGCGGCGGUAGCUACAGUCAUCGCCGCUCUUCUUGUCUACAUCCUCUAUCGUCGUCACUGCUCGCGGCGCAUCCAUCUGUGUCGCGGUUCCGGCAGCUACGAGGCUAUCGGGGACUACAAGCCGGUGUCCGUCAUGUCCGUGUCCUCAGGCUCCCAGGAGAUCCAGGUGACGAGGGAGCCUCGCGCCGUGCAGCCUCGCUCCGCCUCGGUGUCCACUCCGUCGCGAGGGAGCGUGCGCAGCGAGCCUCUGACUGACGACACGUCCUCCAUUAGCGCGCGCAGUGAUGCAAGCGUGGACAGCCUGGUCUUCGAGGCUAAUUUCGGAGCCAUUCGGCCUGACCUUUACCCUCGCAAGGACAUCGUGCUGCAGCAAGCCUCUCUAGACGGAGGUCACGGUCGUCUCCACACGCGCCUCAAGUAUGACUUCCGCACCUCCGACCUCGUGGUCCACUUGAUUGAAGCUCAGGACCUCCCACCCCCGGAAUCAGUUGGCGCCUUUAGCGACCCCUACGUGCGUAUCUCCCUGGUGCCGAGUGUAGACGAGCGGGUGCGCCAGUCGUCCGUGAAGAGGCGGACCAUCAACCCGUACUAUAACGAGUACUUCAAGUUCCCGGUGGCCUUUGAACACCUGCGAGAGAAGGUGCUGGCCUUCCACCUGUACGACUACGACAAGUUCUCCCGCCACAGCGCCAUCGGGGAGGUGGAGAUCGACCUCAGCAAAGUGGAUGUCAGCAACAGUGUGGAGAUGUGGUGUGACAUCCAGCGUCACAGACAGAUAGCUGGAGAGUCCGGUGAGGUGUUGAUAUCUCUAAGCUACCUGCCUGCAGCCGAACGUCUGACCGUGGUGCUAAUGAAAGCCAAAGACUUGAAGUUAACUUCCACCACACCUGCUGCUGGUAAGAGUGCAAAGAUCCGUUUCGUGCGCGUGUCCCUGAUGGUGGAGGGCAAGAAGGUCAAGCGGAAGAAGACAUCCGUGCGUCGCGGCUCCGUCAACCCCGUGUGGAACGAGGCGCUGGCCUUCAACGUCCCUGCCGAGGUUCUGCCCAAAGUGACCCUGGAAAUCAGCGUCCUUGACCAUGACCUCAUAGGUCACGGGGACGUCUUGGGGCGUUGCAUCCUCGGUGCCGGCCGCACGGGCGACGAACUGAAUCACUGGAACGAGAUGCUGACCAACCAGCGCAAGUCCAUCGCCAUGUGGCACACCCUGCAGAAAUAACUUCGGCCCCUACUCCCUUCCCCAUCCUUGUCUUGCCUUGACCUGACCAAGGGGCUCUCUGACCUGCUCUCUGACCUUCACUCGGAGCUGCUUCCACACCGUCACGUGACACGAGUUCAGCAGACGCUUGUGUGCGACCGGCCGUGGUCUGGAGUGGCGGGAUGCUGGAGAGACUGUCACGUGGUUUCUGCUGUGCACCCCGGGUGUGUUUGCGUGUACACAGCUCUAUCUGCUGACUGUCUGUUGAUCAGCUGGGAUAUUUCUGUGCAGCUGGUUUCAUCACUUUAAAAAUACUGGAUAUUAUCAUUCAUAAAACAAAGUAUUUACCCGGGCAAUACAACUUAUUACAAAUGAAAAGAAAAGGCUCGACGAGAGAAGUUAGUAAGUGUAAAGCACAAAGAAAAAAAAUGUGUGUUUUUGCAUGUUGAUACUGAACAACAGAUGCAAUGACAGAUGUCAACAGUCACACAUCUUGGACACAGAGUGGUUACGAGACUGACUUCUAACAUCCUUACUGAAAACUAUCGCAGACUUCUUCGUGGCCUUCGCAUGUAAAACCUAAGAAAACUGUUCUUCGGGAUAGCUUAAAUAUCUACCCUUCCUCUUCCAAACAAAAUCCCAAGGUUUAUUAUAUAGUACACAAACAGCAUUACUGGAUCCUCACCUGAAGUGAUGAGUCCUGCGUAUCUAGUUUGGGAAAAUAUUACUGCAAGACAUUCCAUAGACAACGUGGAUUUACUUUUAUGUAAUAAUAAUACUAAGAAAAAAAUUAUCUACUUACUGAAGGUGAACUAUUUUGAUUUUUAGAAUAACUUGAUAAAUUAGAACUUCUGUAGCAUGAAAGCAAUAAACACAACACCUUUCUAAACAAUGCCCUAUGAGCCAGAGAUUUAAAACUUUUGAGAUAAUUACUUGAGAUGCAUUUAUUCUGUCUGCUGGUUCCUUCUUCAAUCUCUCACAGCUGGAGAAGGAACUAAGGGCUUUCAGAGAACAUGUCCCUGCACCAACAGAUUUUGCAACCAGCCCCUUAGGCCCGUCACUACACUGUAAUGACCCCUUAGGGCACUGAUAAUAUACAAAGAUUAAAUACAACUUGUGCUUGGGUGAGCACCAUGCAAGUGGCUUUUAGAGACAUAUGCAUUUGUGUUAAUAUACUUCUAAUUAUGGAACUUAAUUCUUGAUAAAUGAAGCUUUGUGUUCAUGUUGCCAUUGUCAACAAUAACAAAAAACUUUGAUAAGCUAUUAAAUAAAUUCUUUUAUAAUAUUGCCAGCGCUGCAUCAUCUCUGUGCUUCAGGACCUAUGACCUUACCCAGAGUGCACUUGGUGUCAUGGUUAGACCCAGGCUUAGCCACAAGUUGUCUCAUGAAGAUGCUUCCCUGUCUGCCUACAGGACACGUGGCCUUUACUUUCAUCUUCUGUUUUGUCAACGUUUUAAUGGUCUGCUUUUUGUUUCCAAAUUUAGUUCUUUGCUGCCUGCCACCACUUGUGUUAGUCCGAGAUCAGACACAUGCUUCUGUCAUUUCAGUUGUAGCUUUUGGAUGGUUUGUUU